AUGGUAGACAACUCGUCAACACCCGUGCCUCAUCAGGUUCUGGCGUCGGUGAAUCUCAGGCCUUUCACUGUUUCUGUUCCUCAGUCUCGCAUCGACAAUCUGAAGACACUCCUUAGCGUAUCCCCAGUUCCACCUCCAAAUUUCGAAAACUCGCGUUCGGAUGGCUCGUAUGGAGUCACAAGAGAUUGGAUGGGCGCCGCGUUGGAGUAUUGGAAGAAGACUUAUGACUGGCAACAAUGGGAAGGAGUCCUCAACAAGAUCCCGCAGUUCCAGGUGGAAAUAGAAGACGAUGACAGGUCUCGAUAUGAUGUGCAUUUCAUGGCCAUAUUCUCGGCGAGCCCAAGAGCUAUUCCUGUACUUUUCUUACAUGGAUGGCCUGGCUCCGUUGUCGAGUUUCUGCCAUUGAUGCUUCAUCUGAAGUCACAAUUCGAUGCGAACCCAGCGGCGUUUGGCUACCAUAUCAUUGUCCCAUCUCUGAUAGGUUUUGGGUGGUCUAGCCCUCCGCCAAGCACCAAAGACUUUCGCUUCGAGGAUAACGCCCGUCUACUAUCCAAACUGAUGACGAAUCUGGGGUUUAGCAAAACCGGCUAUGUGGUCCAAGGUGGGGAUAUUGGCUCGCCUAUUGCAUGCAGUCUUGCUUCACAAGACCCAGCUUGCAAGCUUGUUCAUGUCAACUUGUUUGUCAUGUCGCCCCCGGAAGGGUUUGACGAAAGUCACAUGCAUGAGUAUCAGUUCUCCGACGAGGAAUUGACGGGCCUGCAACGCGGCAAGACCUUUUGGACCCACGGAACAGCUAGGCAUCGCAAUAGGAAAAUGGUCGAGUGGUCUGAUCAGACCCCGACUCUCGACCUCAUCCUCACGAAUGUGUGCCUCUACUGGUUCAGCGGAUGUCUACCGACGUCUUUGUGGAGCUACCGGCAGAUGAUGAGUGGUGGAAAUCCAUCAACUGGAUGGGAACACGUCAACGCGCCAAUGGGGUUCUCGGCCUUCAAGUAUGAAUCUGGCAACCCUCCGAAGGCAUGGAUAGACACCACUGGCAAGGUCAAGUGGUACAGGUGGCAUGCCGAGGGUGGUCACUUUGCGGCUUUGGAACAACCGAUGGUACUUUGGGGUGAUGUGGUUGAGUUUAUAGAGUCCACGAAUAUGUUUUCUCAGUGA